AGAUAGAUGGAGGAUAGUUUAUUGGCAUACCGGCAUUCUUGGUCAAGCCGUUCACCGCGUGUUUCGAUGUGGUAUGUUAAACAAUUUCCGGUGAUGCGAUGUACGAUGCAGGCGAUCCUAACAAGACAAUGACUCCGCGGGUUGGCAUCCGGAGCAGGGAUGUUCGACUGUUGGACUGCGGUUCUUGCAAACGCAUAACUACUAAAGCCACACUUGUCAUUAUGAGAGUACCCUAAAUAUCAACGUCUGCAAUCUGUCGGGCGUUUUGCACACCGACCUGAGUCGUCAGGAUUGGCCACUGCCUGUACGACCACGUAAUUCUGUUGGGAGCAACAUUCGUACUUUUAAAGCAACAAAUCGCUGCCUAUUUGAACGAGUACCGCGCAACGCACCUCAAUUCUCCUGCUUAUUUCGGAUUGUUGCACAUCCCAAACUUUCUGUCUACUCCUUUCUUCCAUCCCUAAUACGUUGCUCAAGCUCUACUAGAAGCUUUGAAUAAUGACCUCAAACGUGUAUGAUAUCAUCAUUAUCGGCGGCGGGACUGCUGGCUGCGUCCUUGCAAGCCGUCUUUCGGAAAAACAAGAGCUUCAGGUUCUCGUCAUUGAAGCUGGAGAUGAUCUUACGGAUGAUCCCAGAGCUAAUCAUCCAUUGAUGGGGCCGAGACUGCUAACCUCUGAUGCCAACUGGGGGUUUACAACCACUCCCCAGAAGCUUGGAGGUCGGGAGAUGAUAGCCCCUGCUGGUCGUUUGCUUGGUGGCUCGAGUGCUGUGAAUGGAUUUGCUUUUCUUCCCAACUCCAAGGCCAGUAUAGAUGCUUGGGCCGAGCUGGGAAAUCCCGGAUGGGAGUGGGCAAGUUUCUCGAAGAGUAUGUCUCGAUUUCACCUGUCUGAGUCUACUCAAGAAGAAGGCCAAAGCCCUCUCCAGAUCACCAUCCCCAAAGAAGAAACUCAAUGGCCUCGUGUUUGGAGAGAGACGCUCUCCAAUCUUGGAUUCCCAGUGUGCAGCGACCCCUUUUCUGGAAAACUAUUAGGUAGCGUGAUCGGCCCCGAGACAAUUGGAUCUGAUAAAAAACGAAGCUUUGCAGCAAACGCGUAUCUAGACCAUGGUACUCGUUCUCGGAGUAAUCUCACCGUGUGGACUGGAACAUUUGUUGAAAAGAUCCUGACGAAGAUAUCUGAGACUGUUACUGCGACCGGAGUUCAGUAUAGCAACGCUAAAACUGGAGUGACGGGGACUGUCCACGCCCGAAAAGAGGUCAUCCUCAGCGCCGGCGCAAUCAACACGCCUAGACUGCUUGAAGCAUCAGGCUUUGGCAACAAGAAGCUAUUGAACGGCCUCGGGAUAGAUGUCAUGGUCGAUAACCCUCACAUUGGUGAAAAUCUUCAGAACCACCCUAUGUUCACUGUCACGUACGAAGCUGUAGACCAAGAAGGAUUCAACACGAUCGACGACUUGUUGCGAAGAGAUCCCGUUGCUAUUGCCGAGGCUCAGAAAGCCUAUGAUAAUGAAAAGGCAGGGCCAGCAUCCCAAAGCAAUCUUAAUGUUUUAGCCCAGCUUCCCAUUCCGGAUACUGCCGAGUUAAGACACGCCAUAGAUACUUGCAUCCCAUCACGGCCAGGCGGAACUGUGAAUUCACUGGCCAUGGCUCACGAGUCUUUCAUUAGAUCCCAUCUAACCUCACCAUCCGAGGCUUCUGGCUGCUAUAUGACGGCUCCCGGGUAUAUCUGCUUUGGAGGUGACAAAUCUGUAUUGCCACCUCCCCCAGGAUCUGAGAAGUAUUUCACAAUAUCAGCACAUCUAGGACAUCCACUGUCCCGCGGCUCAGUGCACAUCACCUCUGCAUUGCCACCAAAGUCUUCGAAGGGGGUUUCCAUUGACCCAAAUCUUUUCGGACACCCUCUUGACCUUGAGGUUUUAGCUCGACAUGUUCAGCUUGCCGAGAGAAUCGCCAUGACCAAGCCGCUCUCAGAUCAUCUAAAACUUGACGGCAAGCGAGGCCUAGGCAUGCCGGAGUUUGGUGAGUUCUUAGAUCUCCAGAAGGCAAAAGACUACCUCCUUAGCACGGCCGUUGGAGCGCACCAUUGGCUUGGAUCAUGUGCUAUGAUGCCGAGAGAGAUGGGUGGAGUUGUAGGGCCUUCAUUGCGUGUAUAUGGUUGCCCUAACCUACGAGUUUGCGAUGCGAGUAUUAUGCCUAUUGCGCCUCGCUCGAACCCACAGGGAGUGAUAUACGCCAUAGCCGAGCACGCAGCGCAGAUUAUCAUGACAGACAUGUAAAGAUGCCUUCUCUAAGUAUGGAGUACACUCAACUCAGCUAUGUAUAUUUAGGCGGCAGGUUUUCUAUGCAUUGAUUAGCAAGCCUGUGUACAGGACAUCUCCGCAUCUGGUCACAACACGAUAGGUCGGUUAUAGUAAUAA